UAUUUUUUAAAAAUAAACCGGUCCGAUCUUUUCUGGCUUCCCUCUCCUCCAACUCCAAAGGAAUGAUUUCCGAUGGCGUCGAUCAUGACAUAGAGAGGGGAGAAAGAAAGGGAGAAGAAUUUGGGGAUGGGGAGGGAAACGUCGUCGGAGAUCGAGAUCAUGGUCCCGCCGAGGCGGGGGGAAAACGUCGUCCAUCCACUGGAGGCGAAUCCGACCGCUCCGCCGCGACCGCCGGAGCAAGCGGAGCUGCGGCCGUUUCGGCGGUGGACACCGUGGCUGGUGCCGGUGUUCGUCGUCGCGAACGUUAUCAUGUUUGCCGUCACGAUGUGCGUGAACAAUUGCCCGAGGAAUUCCCCCAGGCCCUGUGUCGCCCCCUUCCUCGGGAGGUUCGCGUUCAAUCCCCUCAAGGAGAAUCCGCUCUUCGGCCCUUCCUCGUCUAAGAUACCUUUCAUGGCUAUUUUCAGUACGUUUUCUCUUGCUGGAAGAUUAACCUGUUGAGAUCGCUUGACAUAGUGCGUACUAGAAUGAAAAACAAGGAUAAUAUUUUAUUUGAUAUCCUAUAUAAAAGAAACCCCUGUAUCCACAUGGCAAUUCUUCCUAGAUCUCCACGAUGAAGGUAAGGAAUGCCAUAAUUUUGCUAUUCGUUGAGUUGUAUUCCUUCAACUUUCCUUGGAAAUGUUAAAAUGCAUGCUUCAGAGUUCUCUUUGAGGCACAAGCUCUCACUUCAUAGAAGGUCUUCGACCAAACUGGACAGUGACUCCAAGAAUCUUCCUUACUCAUGACACAAAGAUAUUAGGGAUCAUUUUCAAGAUUUCCUUCUCUGAAGCUCCCAGCUUAACAAUAUUCUUUAACAGAAGAAAUCAAUAAGGCUAGAGAAGAUGGGUGCUCUAGAUGUGACUAAAGUGGUUAAGGAGCACCAAGGAUGGCGCCUGAUCACUUGCAUUUGGCUACAUGCUGGAGUUAUCCAUAUACUUGCCAACAUGUUGAACCUGCUUCUUAUUGGAGUUCAACUUGAACAAGAAUUUGGGUUUGUGAGAAUUGGCCUGCUAUAUGUCAUCUCUGGGUUUGGUGGGAGCCUACUCUCUGCUCUCUUUAUUCGAUCAAGUAUCUCUGUUGGUGCCUCUGGUGCACUUUUUGGGUUACUUGGGGGCAUGCUUUCUGAGCUUAUAACCAAUUGGACAAUCUUUGAAAAUAAGUUUGCAGCAAUAUGGACCCUCAUAUUCAUCAUUGCAAUUAACUUAGCUCUGGGACUCCUCCCGCAUGUGGACAACUUUGCUCAUAUUGGAGGAUUCAUUUCAGGGCUCCUUCUUGGAUUUGUGUUCUUUAUUCGCCCUCAGUUUGAGUGGGUCGGCCAAGAGAAUGUUCCUCCUGGAUAUCACACAGGGUCAGUCAAAAGCAAGCACAAGAUCUAUCAGUAUAUACUUUGGAUCAUCGCUGCUAUCUUUCUGAUUGUUGGGUUCACUGUUGGCCUAAUUCUGCUAUUUCGAGGGGUCAAUGCAAAUGACCAUUGCUCCUGGUGCCAUUACCUGAGUUGUGUCCCUAAUUCAAUAUGGAGCUGCAAGUCAUCGGCCUCGUACUGCUUGCCAGCUCAAGAUGCAAAUGGUUUGAAUUUGACAUGCCAAGGCAAUGGAAGUAACCAAACCUUUUUCUUUCCUACUGCAAGUGAAACUCGGAUAGAAGAGCUGUGCAGACAGCUUUGCAGUUGAUGAAGUCCGUUCCUUGUAUUCCUGGACCUUCAUUGAUUCUUUAUGUUUGUGAAGAUAUAUGUGUAUAAGCUUCUGUAGCUUAUCAACAUUUUUGUCAAAUAGUCGUUAGGGUUUAACGUACUUUAUUAUUUUCAUAGACGAUCCUUGUAAAAACCCCUACACAUGGCUUGAAAUAAUACAACAUUGCCGAUCGUCAAGUUGGAAGUAGAAGCCAAAAGUCGGUACUAAAUGAAAGGCUAACAGAAGCAAGGAACCAAAGAUGGUCAGCAGAUAGGUAGGCUCUCCUUGAUCCUAGCGGUGUACUAGUUCGAUCGGUACUAGGUAGGCUCUCCUUGAAGCUCUAGCUUGUGACGUGUGCCUCUGCUCAGAUUUUGAACUUUGCUUGUAAUCUUUAGAGCAAAAAAAAGAAGUGUGACAGACAAUUAACAGGGCCAACUGUAACAUUGUGCUGAAAACCAGCCAGAUUAACAAUGCAUGGAUUGUGGUUCGACUACAA